AUGGCUACUCAAGCUCAAGUCAUCACUUGCAAAGUUUCCCUGGUGAUCGAGGAGGUGGAGGUGGCGCCGCCGCAGGCCGGAGAGGUUAGAGUCAAGGUUCUGUUUACUGCUCUCUGUCAUACCGACGCCUACACCUGGAGUGGGAAGGAUCCUGAAGGUUUGUUCCCAUGUAUCCUUGGUCAUGAGGCUGCAGGAAUAGUUGAAAGUGUUGGUGAAGGUGUGACUGAAGUUCAACCUGGAGACCAUGUUAUCCCUUGUUACCAGGCAGAAUGCAAGGAAUGUAAGUUUUGUAAAUCUGGAAAGACAAAUCUCUGUGGGAAAGUAAGGCUGGCUACUGGAGUUGGAGUUAUGCUGAAUGAUCGCCAAAGCCGUUUUUCAAUCAACGGUAAGCCCAUCUAUCAUUUCAUGGGCACGUCAACAUUCAGCCAGUACACUGUUGUUCAUGAUGUUAGUGUUGCGAAGAUUGACCCUAAAGCACCAUUGGACAAAGUAUGUCUGCUCGGUUGCGGCGUUCCAACAGGUCUUGGAGCUGUUUGGAAUACGGCGAAGGUAGAACCAGGUUCCAUAGUUGCUGUUUUCGGCCUCGGCACUGUUGGACUUGCUGUGGCAGAGGGUGCAAAAGCUGCUGGGGCUUCACGUAUCAUUGGAAUAGAUAUUGACAGCAAAAAGUUUGACAGAGCCAAGAGUUUUGGUGUGACUGAAUUUAUCAACCCAAAGGAUCAUGAGAAACCAAUACAGCAGGUCAUCGUGGAUCUGACAGACGGUGGUGUUGAUUAUAGUUUUGAGUGCAUCGGGAAUGUUUCUGUAAUGAGAGCUGCUUUAGAAUGCUGCCAUAAGGGUUGGGGAACAUCAGUUAUUGUAGGUGUUGCAGCCUCUGGUCAGGAGAUCUCCACGCGCCCAUUUCAGCUGGUGACUGGUCGUGUAUGGAAGGGCACAGCAUUUGGUGGUUUUAAAAGCCGUUCACAAGUACCUUGGCUUGUCGACAAGUAUAUGAAGAAAGAAAUCAAGGUUGAUGAGUACGUCACCCACAAUAUGACACUUGCAGACAUAAACAAAGCAUUUGAUCUCAUGCAUGAUGGAGGUUGCCUCCGCGUUGUGCUUGACAUGCAUAUAUGAACAUGAUCAGAUCCCGCCUGCUAUAGUUAAUAAUCAGUUUGGCAUCAGGAGGAGCCUUUCUUAUCCCUUAUUAUGCAACUGCAGAAACGCCUUUCACAGACGUUAUCUGCUCUUAUAGUUAACGCCUUAAUGAUCAAUAUGUUGUGUUUUUGUUCCUCUGGUUCAUGCUCUAUGCAAGUUACUAUUGCCUUGUAUCACUAUACCAUCUUCGAAAGUUUGCUUAUGGUUGGCUUUCUAUUCCAAAAGCUACUCCUGCAAAGGCAGUGGUGAUUGAUCUCA